AUGUUCUUCUGGGGUUCGUACAACUUUUUUGAACCCCGACAGGCGGACCCCCCUAAUCGGCCGCCGCUGCGUUACCCCGUAUAUGUGCCCCCGUCGCUUUCCAUGAUGGCUGACGCUGGGAUUGCAGAGCCCGAGAAAAUUUUAAAAACUGAACAGGACGACAUCCAAAGCACAUUGCAACAUGUGGACAACCAUCGUAUCGUCGUGAAGCUGAUUGGUUGUGGCCAAAAACAUUUGGUGGGGCUUAUGGGCCUGGCCCCCAAAUCAAGCAUGGGUUCUGCUUUGCCGCGUAGGGAAGGUGCCGUCACAUCUGAUAUCGGUUCGAAUGUGACAUAUGCACUGUAUGGCAUGGGAAGCAAUCACAGUGGCCAGUUGGGCCAUCGCCUGCCAACGUACAGCACCACAUUGGUAAAACUCCAAUUUGAGGAGUUGUUGCCACCAGGAGUCACCGUUUCUAGCAUUGCCUGUGGUGAUAAAUACACAGUUGUUUCUACUUCCGAUGGGCUUGCGUUCGCCGCCGGAGAUAACAGCUUUAGUCAACUUGGUACAGUGGGAAAAGGGCUUGGUUUUGCUCCUGUUCGUGGUAUACAUAACAUUAAGCGAGUCUUCGCCGGUGGUAACGCAACCUUCGCCCUAGAUGGUAACGGCCAACUCUUCUCAUGGGGUGAAGCACAGUACGGACACCUGUGCCAUGGAGACAACGGCCAGCGGUUGGAUGUAAAAACACUGAAAACUGUGAACACCAAUGUUUCCGUGCCUACAAGGAUCGAAUGGUUCGUCCGCCGUCACGUUACUAUUGUGGAUGUGUCAGUAUCCCGAAGUCACGUGGUGUGCCGUAGCGGCGAUGAAGUGUACACGUGUGGUGAUGGUACAUAUGGAAAGCUGUGCUCAGGGAGUUUCGAAUCGUCGUACUUACCUGUGCGUGUCAAAUUUCCAGAGCGUACCCACCCUGAGCGUGUCUGUGCCAUUGCUGCUGGGGAUGAUCAUACGCUAAUUCUUCGCGAAUCAAGUGCCGUUGGUGCCGUUGUUUAUUACUUCGGCAAAGCAAAAAACGGUGAUGGGCAGUUGAUCCCAGACAUCAUAUCUUUGCCAUCAAACGUUCAAAAUAUAUUCGCUGGGCGAGGAACGUUUUCUGCGGCAACAACGAGUGAUGGGCUUUUGUACGUAUGGGGAAAGCAAGUGUACACUGGCUUGUCAAACGGUACUUCAGGUAAGGCUUCUCGCAGUUACCCGUGUAGCGUUGUGGCUUUAGAAUCACAUAACAUUACCAGCGUCGCCGCAGGCGCCACGUUUGUAGUGGCGACCGGUGGUGAAAGGCGUGCCUGUGAAGGCAUCGCCAACGAAGGGGAAAGAUGGGAUAUAGUGAUUCCACACGACGAUAGAACUGAGUCAGGGUAUGGCGAUUCCUUCAGCUCGAGAUACGAAAGUGCGGUUCAGGCGUUUCUCACACAGUACCUUGGUCCAUCAGUCGCUGGAGCAUAUAUAUCUGGCAUUCCAGAAGCUCCGUUGGCGACCAAUCCGAACGCCAACAGGUUUAAACCCAUCGGUGCACACUCCCUAACCGUAGGACAAAAGGUGCGGUUGUGGAUGACAGACGUGUACGCAUUAGCCUCCAUAACGAAAGUGUUUGGACGCAAGGAGCAAUCAAAUCACGUUGAUAUCAGCGGCAAGACCAACGAAGAAGAAAGAGAUCAUCAACAACACCUUCAAAUAAAGAAUGAAGAGGAAGAGAAGGAAAAUUUAGGGCUCUCAGAGGUCAGUGGCUCGGCCGAUGCACCGGGUUAUCGCUUCUGUAUUGAGUGGCAAAGGGAUGAUUGGAGAGACGAGGAAGUUACGUUGUACUCUGACGAUGAAACUUUAGAGGAAACAAACCCCAACAGAUGGCAGCCACUGUGGUUCCUCUACGACGAAACAGCUGGAAACUAUGUCGUCGGAAAAUGA